AUGCCCACCAAGAGGCUGGGUGGAAAGCAGCACCGGCAGCUGCCGAAGGGCCCGCCAGGGAAAAGCUCCUACAACCCCACAGUCCCAACAGGAAACAGCACCUACUACCACACGACCCAGACACAGAAGAGCACCUACUACAUCACCAUCCAGACACCGAACAGCGCCAAGCAGUGUGAAAGGAUUCUUGGUGUGACCGAAGGUUCCUGGGGUGAAGACAUGUUUGUGACCCAAGAUGUGGUCUGGCCGGGGAACCUGGGAGGUCUGGAACGAUCGGGCACUGCCCUGCCUGCCUGUCACCAGACAGCACUCACUGCCGGGCGCAUUGCCGGCUGCACGCCUGUGCCAGGAGCCCACAGAGACGAGAAGGCACCGCUGGCACGCGACCCCAUCUUGCUUCACUCCUGCCGACAAGAGCAUGUGCAGAUAAAUGCCCCACGGAGAGGGGCAGUAGACAGGGAAUGGCUGCCCUGGAUGGAAGGAUGUCACAUGGUUGGAACCAUGCAGUAUGCAGCCUUUUUAAUUGUCUUCUUUCACUUAGAUAUGACAAUGCCAGCUUCCUUCCAUGUCUUCUCCCUACCUGUUGCCCAAUAUGCCUCUGUAUGGGCCUACCUCUACUGGAUCUGUACCUGUGGUGGAGCCUCUGCUUCCUGCCUCAGUCAACGCAGACGGAUCGACGGUGAGCUUGGGGUGACUGCCCACGAUGCAGAUCUUACGGCCAGAGAGACUUGCAAGGCUGGCUUCUCAGAAGAAGACUACACCGCUUUGAUCUCGCCCAACGUUCUAGAAGGAGAGAAGCUACUCAAAGUUGAGUUCAGCAGCUGUUUGGGGACCAAGGGCACCCAAUAUGAGACCAACAGCCUGGACUUCAAGGUGGGGACGGACGGGACGGUCUUCGCCACCCGCGAGCUGCAGAUCCCGUCGGAACAGGUGGCGUUCACGGUGACGGCACGGGACCGCCAGACAGCCGAGCAGUGGGACGCCCUGGUGCGGCUGCUGGUGGCCCAGACCACGGCCCCGCACUCCGGACACAGGAAAGGGCAGACGAGCGUGGUUCUGGCCCCCUCUCAGCCCCCUCGGGACAUGCUGCUGCCGUGGGCCCAGCCCCAGAGCUCCAGAGGCCUGAGGCGGCAGAAGCGGGACUGGGUCAUCCCCCCCAUCAACGUGCCGGAGAACUCGCGAGGUCCCUUCCCGCAGCAGCUUGUGAGGAUCCGGUCCGACAAAGACAAUGACAUCCCCAUCCGGUACAGCAUCACAGGCGUGGGCGCCGACCAGCCCCCCAUGGAGGUGUUCAGCAUCGACUCCAUGUCGGGCCGGAUGUACGUCACGAGGCCCAUGGACCGGGAGGAGCGGGCCUCCUACCAUCUCCGAGCCCACGCUGUGGACAUGAAUGGCAACAAGGUGGAGAACCCCAUCGACCUGUACAUCUACGUCAUCGACAUGAAUGACAACCGGCCGGACUUCCUCAACCAGGUCUACAACGGCUCCGUGGACGAGGGCUCCAAGCCAGGCACCUACGUGAUGACCGUCACCGCCAACGACGCAGACGACGCCACCACAGCCAACGGGAUGGUGCGCUAUAGGAUCGUGACCCAGACGCCACAGAGCCCGUCUCAGAACAUGUUCACCAUCAACAGCGAGACCGGGGACAUCGUGACAGUUGCGGCCGGCCUGGAUCGCGAGAAAGUCCAGCAGUACACAGUCAUUGUCCAGGCCACAGACAUGGAAGGGAAUCUCAACUAUGGCCUCUCAAACACAGCCACAGCCAUCAUCACAGUGACAGACGUGAACGACAACCCGCCAGAAUUCACCACCAGCACGUUUUCCGGAGAAGUCCCGGAAAACCGGGUGGAGACGGUGGUGGCCAACCUCACCGUGAUGGACCGAGACCAGCCCCACUCACCCAACUGGAACGCGGUGUACCGCAUCAUCAGCGGGGACCCCUCAGGACACUUCAGCGUGCGCACCGACCCCGUCACCAACGAGGGCCUGGUCACCGUGGUGAAGGUGGGUGAGCUGGAGCCAGGAACGCGCUACCUGCACUUGCCGUUCCUCAGCCUCCGUGGGCGCUGGGCCCAGCCCCAGCCGGCGCGUCACGAGCGCCGUGAGGAGCGAGCAACAUUCCCGCUGCCACCAGAGGGGCCCGGUGAUGGCAACGCCCCGAAGCAGCAUCACACGGAGAGACAGCGUGCGUACUCAAAGCUGGCCGACCCCGCGAGCUGGCUGCGCAUCAACACCACCAACGGGCAGAUCACCACUGCAGCUGUCCUGGACCGCGAGUCCCUCUACACCAAGAACAACGUCUACGAGGCCACCUUCCUGGCAGCCGACAAUGGCAUCCCCCCGGCCAGCGGCACCGGGACCCUGCAGAUCUACCUCAUCGACAUCAACGACAACGCCCCUGAACUGCUGCCCAAGGAGGCACAGAUCUGCGAGAAGCCGGGCCUCAACGCUAUCAACAUCACCGCUGCCGACGCCGACGUGGACCCCAACAUCGGCCCCUAUGUCUUCGAGCUGCCCUUCGUCCCGGCUGCUGUGCGGAAGAACUGGACCAUCACCCGCCUGAAUGGCGACUAUGCCCAGCUCAGCCUGCGCAUCCUGUACCUGGAGGCAGGGGUGUAUGACGUCCCUGUCAUCGUCACCGACUCCGGGAACCCUCCCCUGUCCAACACGUCGGUCAUCAAGGUCAAGGUCUGCCCUUGUGACGAGCACGGAGACUGCACCACGGUUGGCGCGGUGGCCGCGGCCGGCCUGGGCACGGGCGCCAUCGUGGCCAUCCUCAUCUGCAUCGUCAUCCUGCUGACCAUGGUCCUGCUGUUUGUGGUGUGGAUGAAGCGGCGGGAGAAGGAACGGCACACGAAGCAGCUGCUCAUUGACCCCGAGGACGAUGUGCGGGACAACAUCCUCAAAUACGACGAGGAGGGCGGCGGCGAGGAGGACCAGGACUAUGAUCUCAGCCAGCUGCAGCAGCCGGAAGCAAUGGAGCACGUGCUGAGCAAGGCCCCAGGGGUGCGGCGUGUGGAUGAGCGGCCGGUGGGUGCCGAGCCCCAGUACCCAGUCAGGCCUGUGGUGCCCCACCCGGGGGACAUCGGUGACUUCAUCAAUGAGGGACUGCGAGCCGCUGACAACGACCCCACGGCGCCUCCUUACGACUCCCUGUUGGUCUUCGACUAUGAGGGGAGCGGCUCCACCGCGGGCUCCGUGAGCUCCCUGAACUCGUCCAGCUCCGGAGACCAAGACUACGACUACCUGAACGACUGGGGACCCCGGUUCAAGAAGCUGGCGGACAUGUACGGAGGGGGCGAAGAGGACUAG